AACCAACAAGAAAGUUUUGCGGACGAAUAUGAUAUUUCUGAUGAAGAAAUGACAGAAAGAAAAGAAAUAUAUACCAUCAGAUGUGACCAUGAUCAGUAUAAUACAAUCAACGUUUGCACUAAAGAUAUUAUGGCUAACAAUGAGUUGGAAGAUAUAUAA